AUGUUCGAGGUUUCGAGCGUGGGCAGCAGCAAGUUGGACGCGGCCGAAGCGCUGCGCAUCCGGCACUCGACCGCGGUGCGUUCGCAGUACAGCGUCAAAAACCAAAUGAUGCGCCUGCUGCGCAGAUCGAAGAGCGCCGCGCAGCCGCCCGCCGACAAAAUCCAGCAGAAUCGGCACAGCCACAACGGCGGCCAUCACUACCAUCACAACCACGUGGUGCACCCGCAGCACACGCAGGCGCAGCAGUCCAGGAACGGCGGGAUGGUUGUGAACAUGGUCGAGGGGUCAAGCAGGCCGAGAGUGUCGGCCCUAGACUGCAGAAAAUGA